CUCGAGUGCGGCGGCCCGCAGUCCGACUUCGUACGCACUUACUACAACUAGUUACUCGGGAGAGGAUUCAAUCGCCUCUCAACCUAAACAGCUUUCGAUUGUGGGCCCAUCGUAUUCGCCUGAAAAUAGAGGAAACAUAUACGGAUUACGCACGCCUGGCACGCACGCAGCAGCUGAGCCACGGCUGGAUCCCGGCGCAGCGCAUGCAACACAACACACAACACUUGCAGCGCUCGGCAAUGGUACCUCGGUGACGGUAGCCUCAGACAGCUCCGCGGCACCUCCGACGAUCAAGGCCCGAACCUCGCGCGCACACGGCCUGAAUGGUCGCAAGCGACCUGAAGACUUUGCCUUGUGGCCGGGGAGAUUGGGCGAAGCAUCAUGUUCUCAAACCAGGGGGCGCGCAAGUCGGUGGAUAGCCUGUCGCCGACCCCGUCGGUUGGGCAUCGGGGCGACUUCCCUUUCCAUGGCGCCUCUCGGGUCCCAGCGACCAGGCCAGCGGAGAGGGUCGACUGCAAGCUCCGUCCAUUCGAUCGGCGGCUCGCUGGACGCUGGGGCGAGCUCGUCCGACGCCGUAUUCGAAUCGGGCCAGAAUGCUAUAUCAACCCUCCUCCAGCCCCCGAUAGUAAGGACCGGCCUCCUCCCACACACCGCCCCGCCCGCCUCGAGUGCCCACCGGCCCCCGACCUCACGAGAUAUCCCCCCAGUGGCGCUCACCAACAUCCCGCACGUCGAACCAUCCGAGUUCGCCCCUUACCUGUCGCAAGUCGGCGCCUUGUACGAACAACUGCGGCGGAUACAGUUGGAUGAGGAUCAAGGGACGAACAACACACACCGCCGAGGCACCAAGCCCGACGAAUACCCCGAGGCGCUCGAUGAGGCCCACCUGAGGCCCGGCAGGCGCCCCGGCUUGUCGUCGAGACGGAUGUCCACGGCGUCUCUCAGCUCCUUAUCGUCGAUAGACUCGGCUCCGGCCCCGCGGCGCUCGAGCUCACGCCCCAGGAGAGGACAGACACACGGACCUCCGCCACUCUCUACCAUACCCGCCGUGUACUUUGACCAAGAUUUCCACCUCGAGAACCCGCGCACGUUUGAUGUCGUGAGUGAGCGCUCUGAGGUAGUCCGGCCGGCACCGGGCAGCAACGAGAAGGGCGCCUCCUCCAACGGUCAGGCCGCUGCGCCCCGCAAGGCCCUGGCAACCAACGCGAUCCUGCAGGAGAAGCUCUCGUGGUACAUGGAUACCGUGGAGAUGCACCUCAUCCAGUCCAUUUCCACCGCGUCCACCACCUUCUUCACCGCCCUCGGCUCGCUACGAGAGCUACACUCGGAGGCGGCAGAUUCGGUGGAGAGGAUCAGGGCGCUAAGGAAGGAGCUGGAAGCUCUCGACCAAGAAGUUGCCACCGGAGGCCUCAACCUCGUCCAGCAGCGCAGGAGACGGGAGAACGUCAAACGGCUUCACGACGCUGUUCUGCAACUUAAAGAGAUUGUCGACCGCGUGGCCGUCUGUGAGACCCUGGUCGACUCGGGCCAAGUUGACCAAGCCCUCGACGGCAUCGACAUGAUCGAGAAUCUCAUGGCAGGCGAGGCACCAAACAACAGCGAGAUGGGUAUACGCUUGAGAGACCUCAGGGACGCCACCGCCCUCCAGAGCGUGAGCGGCGACUUGGCUGCCCUCCAUCUCCGCAUCGGGAAGUCUUACGAGGCCAAGUUCCUAGACACGCUCCUCACAGAUCUCAGAACACAUGUCGAGAAAGUGUCUCCCCAAGAGGUUCUGAUGCGUUGGAGCAACGCCUCGGCACGUACCCGUGGGGCUCACAGUCGCGAACCCUCCGCCCAACCGGCCUACAUGACGGGAACGAAGGCGAUGCGGGCAGAGCUCCUCUCCAGCCUAGCGGGUCUGCAACGUGCCAAAUAUCUUACGGCUGCGGCUACCGCGUACCGAGAAGCGGCGCUACGCGAGAUCAGGGCCAUCAUCCGGAAGCAUAUGCCCAGCUCCAACGAAGAUGAUAAUGAAUCGCUCAUGUCAACAUCCACUAGGACGGGAGGCAAGCAGCGCUCGCAGCAGGAGAGGUCGAUCAUGCUGGCCCGCAACUUGCGCGCUCUGGAACCGCAGGAUGCCGAGCAGCUGCUGAUCAACAUAUACAUCGGCGUGUCCGAAGCGCUGAGAAGACUGGGCACCCAAGCCAAGGUUCUCUUAGAUGUUGCGAGCUCCAUUGGCGAGCCCGGGGGGGCGCCUCCCGGAGCCCGAUCUCCGCUCCAGUCACCCCCUUUCAGCCCCACCCCGAGGCAAGCAUCAGGCGCUGCUCAAGAAGCCCAGGAGGAGAUCCACUUGGCCGUGGACAUUGCGAAUCUUCUCGGGCAGGCGGUAGACGUGGCACAAGAGAAGAUCGUCAAGGUGUUGCGCGUGCGCUCAGAGCAGAGCAAGCGGUUGGAUCUCCUUUGGUUCCUCCGCUAUUUCACACUCAACCUCCACUUUGCCAACGAGUGCGAGGCCAUCUCGGGGCGCAGCGGCACCACUCUGAAGACGGUCGUCAACGGGCACAUCAAGGACUUUAUUCAAUACCAUGGCGACGCAGAGAAUCAAAAGCUUGCCCAGGGAAUGGAGUCAGACCAGUGGAAUUCCGCUGACUUUGGCGACAAAGACACCGAAGUGCUCAAUCAGCUUCUGGAGAGCAGCACCAAGGACGCCGCCGCGUGGGUGGAGGGGACUCAAGUCUGGCUUCCGCAUCCCGACUCGCAAAAGCCGGGCGAAGAGGCCGACCCUUUGACGACGCAGACCAAUGGCUCCAGCAAGACAAAAACAAGGAGCGCCGUGAUCGACUCGGAACAUUUCCUGCUUCCCAACUCGGCCAUAUCGUGCAUGCACGGCAUGGCCCGUUUCUUGCAGCUCAUGACCGCGAUACCGUCCAUGACGAGCGAAGUAUCCACAUCGCUCAUCUCGUAUCUCCAGCUCUUCAACUCACGCUGCACCCAACUCAUCCUCGGCGCCGGAGCGACACGCUCGGCCGGGCUCAAGAACAUCACGACGAAACAUCUCGCCCUAGCAUCGCAAGCCCUCGCCUUCAUCGCCACCAUCAUCCCACACGUCCGCGAGUUCGUCCGACGACACUGCGGUUCGGUGACGGCGGCGCCGGGAGUCAUGGGCGAGUUCGAUAAGGUCAGGCGGGCGUUCCAGGAACACCAGAACAACAUCUACGACAAGCUUGUCGAGAUCAUGAGUGGGCGGGCGCUGGCCGGUACUAAGAAACUCAAGGCGGUAAAUUGGGAGCAGCCAUCCAACAGCGUGGCCAACGAGUACAUGGAGACACUGGUCAAGGAGACCACCACGCUUCACCGCAACCUGACAAAGCAUCUGCCCGAGGACACCGUGAGGAUGAUCAUGAUGCCCGUGUUCCGGAACUACAAAGACACGUUCGGCGCGGCAUAUCGGGGGUUGGAGCUCAAGUCAGAGCAAGCCCGUGCAAGGAUGCUUCAAGAUAUCGAGUACUUCAAGUCUCGGCUGGGCAAAAUCGACGGUUUCGAGGACGCGGGUGACCAUCUGGUUAGCGUCAUCAAGAAGAUGACUGCUCCUCCCCCACCUCCAACACCCGAACCCGCAUCGCAAUCGCCGCCAGCAACGGAAACUCCAAACGGAGGAGAGGAAGGAAAGAAACCGGCAGGAGAAGGUCAGCCUCCGAAUCCACAACCCCAAGCAAGCACGGCAGCAGCACAGGCAGAGAAGAAGGGAGAGGGCAACGAUGCAAGCACGGCAGCGUAACGGGGACGGCUCUACGCAAGCACCUCGUCGACGGUGGGCGGAUGGUUCAUGCUCUGAAAUGUGAACGGCGGAUGUAUAGAUGGCACUGGAGUGUAUAUACCUAGCGGUCUGGGACGGAGUAAUGAGGUUUCGAAGUUGAUAACAGUUCUUCCUGCCGCUUAGAGUGAAGGAGUGAAAGGCCCAACCAAAGUUGAAUCGUAAUUUUGUCCAUCUGUCGGGACGUGGCAACAUGGUUAAUCCCCUCCAUCACUGAACCUGUUGCUC